AUGAAGCACCUGCAGAACCUCCUGCUUGCCCUCCUGCUAGUGACAUGUCCCCCAGCUACAGCCAAUCGUUUCUGGAAUUGGAUGGAGGGAGGAGGGGGAGACCACUCCACACCCUACAUGGCCUAUCUGCAAGGAGAGAACCAUCAUUUCUGCGGAGGUUUCCUAGUGGCCCCGAACUGGGUGAUGACAGCAGCUCAUUGCGGCAAACACAAACCUCUGAUUGUCAUCCUUGGAGCCCACACAAUUCAGAGGAGAGAGAAAAGCUGGCAAACAUUCGAAGUCCUAGAGUAUCACAUCAACCCGGGCUUCACACGUCCUGAAAAGGGAAAUGACAUCCUUUUUGUCCAGCUGAAAGGCAAUGCCACCAGCAACAGCUAUGUUAGCACCAUUUCUAUUGGAAAAUCUAAAGUCCGUGAUGGGGCUGAAUGCAGCAUAGUCGGCUGGGGCUCCUCCGACCGCACGUUACGCAACACCAAAGUCACCAUCAUCAGGCAAAGGGACUGCCUGGCCCACAACCCUGGACUUGCCGAAAACUUGAUUUGUGGACGCAGUGGAUCUGAUAGGGUACCUGAGAAGAGUGAUGCUGGGGAUCCUCUGGUCUGCAACAACAAAGCCUAUGGCAUCUUCUCCUAUAGGCACAAGAACUGGCCUGGUUUCUACACACGCAUUGCUCAUUACCUUUCCUGGAUCAACAGUGUCAUGAAGUCAGCAUGA